CCUUUUAGUAACCGUUACGCUCUAGUGUAACCACCAGUCGCACUUUUACCUUUUCACUAAUCAACGGACCUUUAAACGCCGGCGAAAUAACCGUCAAAAUAUUUUGUUUUCAAUAUUAUUUGUUUUUCGAAAAAAAAAGUAGGAAAAUAGUUUUUAAAUGUGCGUGAAUUACCCGGUUGACGAUGGCUACAAAACAAAAUUUCUAUUUAAAUCCAGCGUUUUGUCAACAAAGUGAAAUAGCUAAUAACUAUCCCCCUAGAGUGUUGAGCCCCAAAAACGUGAGACAUUCCCCAGUGGGGGCGCAGUGUAUUCCUCAAAAUAUCGAUCAAGGUCCGAGAAGAAGCGACAUUCAACAAAUAGAUGAAUGUUUGGAAGAACAAGAAUUUUACGAAGAAGUUUUAGUGGACGAUAAAGGAUUUAUAACGGAUAAAAAGUUUGUGGUAGUAGCGCAAAAUAAUGAAGGAAAAAAAUAUAUCCAGGUUCCUCAAAACGACGAUAGAUACGGAAGCAGGUACGGUUUAUCUCAAAGCGAUGACAGAAAAGGAGCUCGAUACGGUGUACCGACACCUACGAAACCAAAACUUGCUAGGAGUCAAAGUCAACGAUAUGAAUAUAUUCAAAUGCAAGAACAAAACGUUACACCAAAAAAGCAGAUUCAGUAUCACGAAGAAUUAGAAGUUUCACCAGGUCGAGUACAUAGAUAUGCAGUUAUUGAAGCUGAUGAAGAAACUGAAUUAACCACUAGAUAUGCCUUGGUUCCUGUUGAUCAUCUAACAAAUUUAACCACAAGUCAACAACAAAUUUCUACGCCAAAUCGAAAUAGAUAUGAAUAUAUACAAGAUCAAACGCUGCCCUCAAUUCCUCAAAGUUCGAUUAAGAGCUCUAGGUAUGAAUAUAUUCCAGCUUCUCCGCAAAAACCUCAAACUAGCAGGAAUUAUACGCAACAAUCUCCAAUGCCCAAUCCAGCAGCAACCAAGAAGCUUCACGAAAUCCUCUCCACUCCAAAGAAAACUAACAACGUACUGUCUCCGCAGUCCUCUAGAAAGUUGAUGCCGCCGUCAAUCUCACCGAUAGCCAAAGAUUUUCAAACUAAAUCGAUGCAAAAAUUAAAAAAACCGCCUCCAAAAGCACAACAAAAAUUAAAUUACGCCAUAGCAGCUAAGCAGUUAGCUUACGACAAACGACAUACAGCUAUAGUAGCCCCGAUGUGUUCGAGUCCUAUACAGAGCGUUUACAGCGAAACUACUUUCUCCAAAUCGGAUACUUGGUCUAAUUUGAGUGUUAGAAACAUUUCUGUACAAGCUACUAUUACAUUUUCGGCAUUGUUGAUGCUCCUCUGUGGUUGCGCUACGUCUGGAUUGAGUUUUUAUAUGAUCUAUAUCAUGGAUAGGAAAUAUUUUCUAGAUUUCGGAGUUGUCGCUGGUUUUACUUGCCUAGUAUUAGGUUUAUUAGGGUUCAGAAGCAGGAAUAUGUAUUGGUUACCCAACCGAAACUAUAUAUCUGGUUAUAUCGUUCUUAGUAUCUUCAGUCUUUUAACUUGUGUAGCACUGUUAGUCCUUCUGAUAAAACAUCCAAAACCGGGCACACCACUUGCUGACAUGACUUCUGUAGCUGUUUGUGGUUUUUCCGUUCUAUCUUUGGUAUUAGCCGCCAUGGGAGCGGUUUCCAGUUAUUGUUGUAAAUAUCCGCCGCCAGAUAAUAGAGUUCAGCAUUGCGCAGAAGGAUUUAGUGUUUAAAACAGAUAAAAUUAUAUGUGAUAAUAUCAGUAAAUAAAGUUUUAUAUUGAAUUAGAAUAUUUUUACAACUAAAAUAUGAAUAAUUGAUAAGAUAUUGGGGCGAUAAAGAUCCAUCAAAUUGUUCAUUUUCUGUUCUGUGACGACCUGUAUAAACUACAUCUAACCGAAUAUUAUAUUCAUAUAUUUUCAAGUCUCCCAAUUCAGUUUAGUUGUCUUCGAGAUAAAUAAAAUCAUUUUUAUAAUAAGAUUUGUCUUUAGCCUCAACGCAGUUUUCAAUUUCGACGAUAACCUCUUUAUCUAAUCAAAAUUUCUGUCCAGCGAGCAUCCUUUUUGACGUCUGAGAACAGGAAAAACUCCCUGAGGACUAGAUCUGGAGUAUACGGUGGAUUAAGAAGCGAUCCGAAGCCCAAACUAUAAAUUGUCCUACGUAUAAAAUAUUUAGUAGCUUUUUCAACUGAUUUCAGUUUUUCUUUACAUGUCUUGUGAAUGAUCCACAGCAACCGUGGGUUCGUAAAUUGUGUACAUACGCCUUCCGACAGCUUCGGCCAAUAGAAAUGCGUUUAUGUUAACAAUUCGAUGUUUUCAUUGGUAAACAGUGGAGACGAUGAGUCCACGUGGACUGACGGUUUGUUAGAUGUUUAUAUGGGAAAUUAGACAUUAUUUUUCAUUUCUUAAUUUGGUAUGUUUCUUCACUUAUACAAUUGUCGAACAGAAAAUGAACGCCUCAUGAAAUCUUCAGAUUGAAGCCGAAAUUUUUUCAAACAAUCGUAUUUUCACAAACUUCCGGUUUACACACGUAUAAAUGGCUGUAUAUGUAGACCCGGUGAACGGUAACGUGUAAACCAACCAUUAAUAAUUAUUAUACAAUGGAAAAUUAUGAUUAUUAUUAAUUAUCAGAAACAAAUAUUUGAUAAAUACAAUGAUAAAGAGUAAAUUAUAGUUAACUUAAGAUAUUAUAUUUAUGCUAAAUUUGAAAAUUGUUUAUAAAAUAUUAUUAGUUUGAUACGUAUAUUAUAAAUUAUUCUGUUACCAGAUUGUUAUUGAAUUCGAAUUUGAUUGCGACGUAAAUAAAGUUCUAAAAUUUG